AUGUUUCAUACAGUCACCCAACGCGCGCCGAAGCGCGAUUUCGCCACCAUGCUGUCGGAGAGCAACCGGGCAAUGUACGAGACAACACAGGUUGACACCUAUUGCGACCUGACGCUUCGCCUUGGCGACUCGACCGAGCUUCGAUGCCAUCGGGUCGUAGUGUGCACGCAGUGCGAAUUCUUCGCGAACUCGGUGAAGCCGGGGAGGUUCAAUGAAGCCUCCGGCAUCAUCAACUUGAAGAGCGAUCCGCCCCACGCAAUCCGGUCGAUGAUUGAGUUCCUGUACACAAAGAGUUACAGCGCGAGCAAGCAGAUCGAAGAGCUCGACCCGGAGAUUGACACGGAGGAGAUGGACCUGGAAGAAUCUGACGAAGAGGACAUGGAUGACCUGGAAGAAUAUGGCCCAGAGGAUAUUGACCUGGUGGAGAUAGAGCUGGAGGCAUCUGACUCAGAGGAGAUCGAAGACGAGCUGGACGAGAUGUUCGGCAGUGCAGAGCUUGGAGGCAAGAGGGCCGGCAAGAAGUCUAACCUUGAGAGGUUUGGAUACACCAACAUGCUGCCCGAAGAGUACGCCGAAGCGGUCAUGGGACAUGCCGAAGUGUACGUGGUCGCAGACUUCUUCCGCAUCCCCGACCUCAAGGAGCGAGCCGCAAGGUUCCUCAGGUUCUUUCUGAAGAACGAGGGCACGCUUGACGUCUUCCCCCGGCUUGUCAACACCAUCUACUCCGGCGUCCCGGAUUCGCAAUGCUCCCUAAGGGAUGACUUGUUCAACUUCGCCGCAGAGCACGUCGCAGAACUGAGUUCGGGAGGCCGUCUCCGGUCUAUGAUGGAGGACUUGCCGGACUUUAUGGAAAAGCUUACAGCUGCAGCUCUAUCACAAGUGAAACAGACGCACAGCCAGAACCGUCUGAACGAAGAUAGGUUGAGGACCCUUGGGGCCGCCAAGCGCCGUUAUAGGUGCCCUGAGUGCGGUGGGAACUUUGACGGCUUUAGCAUCGCCACGCCGGACGUCAAGCUCAAGAUUAGGUGCCCAGACUGUAGCAGCAGAUGGUUUGCCAGGCCGAAGAGGUCCAACAGAUCUUGA